AUGUGGUCGCUUCGCGAGACGUUCGCUGCAGAGCAUGACAAGUAUCUGCUGCAGAGCUACGUUGGCGAGAUACGCAUUCUUGCGAUCGGUGACGAGGAUGAUAUGGAAGAGAAAGAAAUUCCGGCGUUCGCUAAUGUAAAAACCCUGUUCUGUCGAAACAUGUAUGGCGAUGUGUGGCUCCAGGCGACUGAGUCGGAAGUGCGACUUAUUAACUGCAGUACGUUUCUGUUUAGCUCGACAUGGUCACCACCAUCAGGGUCACGAAUUACUGUCGCUACUGCAAACCCUACCCAGGUUGUGGUAGCUACGUCUGGUGGUAUGCUCGUGUAUUUGGAGGUUGAACACGGGCAGAUUAUUGUAAAAAACAAAGUAAAGAUGGAGCACGAGAUCGCUUGCGUGGAUGUUACACCGCUUGGUCGCAAGGACGUAGGCGAGGGAGAUGUUUCGAUGAUGGGUUCAUUAACUCACUGGGACAUGGCUGCUCUUCGCAGUUCGAUCUGUAUAGUUGGGCUAUGGACCAAUUUCUCGGUGUCGGUUCUAAGACUGCCAACACUUGAAAGGCUGACAAGUGAGUCACUCGGAACUGACCUGCUUCCAAGGUCAGUAAUCUGCAACACAUUUGAAGGAAAGGAUUAUCUACUCGUCGGACUUGGCGACGGUAGUCUUAUGAAUUACGAGCUGGACGUCGAACAAGGAAAACUUGGAUUACGAAAGCGAAUAUCGCUGGGCUCGCAGCCCCUUACUCUAUCAACUUUUCGAUCCAAGAAUAUGACGCACGUAUUUGCAGCAUGUGACCGUCCGACUGUUAUCUACUCCAACAACAAUAAGCUUUUAUACUCCAACAUUAACUCGAAGGAAGUGAACGUGAUGUGUCCGUUUGACUCGGAAUCCUUUCCGGAGUGUCUUGCACUUUCGUCUGAAGCAGAACUGACGAUCGGUACGGUAGAUGACAUCCAGAAGCUACAUAUCCAAACUUUUCGUUUAAACGAGUGGGCACGCCGAAUUGCUCAUAACGCUGAAUCACAUACACUUGGUGUGCUUACUGUAAACUUCACGGUUGACGACACUGGCGAGGAGGUAGAUCAGGGUUUUGUGCGUCUGUUUGACGACCAAACUUUCGAACUGCUCCACUCGCAUCGACUAGAUCCGUUCGAGACUCCAUGUUCGGUGGUCGUGUGUCCUUUUGCAGGAGAUUCCACGGGUGCAUCGUAUUUUGUAGUUGGAACUGCUUAUGUACACGAAGAAGAGGCUGAGCCGCACCAAGGUCGUAUUCUGGUAUUUGAUGUCACGGGCAUCCAUGGCGAACGGAAGCUACAGUUGGUUGCCGAAAAAGAGGUGAAAGGUGCGGUGUACUGCUUGAAUGCUUUCAAUGGCAAGGUGUUGGCGGGUGUUAACAGCAAGGCGCAAUUGUACAAAUGGAGUGAAAACACUGACAACGAGAAAGAACUGGUAUCAGAGUGCGGUCACUAUGGCCACACAUUGGUGCUUUACAUGGAGUCACGAGGCGAUUUUAUCGUGGUAGGCGAUUUGAUGAAGUCAAUUUCUUUGCUGAGCUACAAACAGCUAGAUGGCACGAUUGAGGAGAUUGCAAGGGAUUUGAAUUCAAAUUGGAUGUCAGCUGUAGGCAUUGUUGAUGACGAUACGUACAUCGGCAGCGAAACGGAUUUCAACUUAUUUGCUGUGCAACGUAACAGUGGCGCAGCGUCUGAUGAAGAGCGUGGUCGCUUGGAGACGGUUGGUGAGUUCCACUUGGGCGAGUUUGUAAAUCGUUUCAGACACGGAUCGUUGGUCAUGCAGAACAAUGCGACGUCAGCACAAGCGCUUGCUGCCAACGCUUCAACUGGAUACAGUGACAUGGUUGACGUGAGUGUGUCAGCCCCGGUUGUUUCAGCUGUUCAAAAUCAAUCAAUGCUUUUCGGUACAGUCAGCGGCAUGAUUGGCGUCAUUUUGUCAAUUAGCAAGGAUCAGCACGCAUUCUUGCUUCGUGUGCAGCAAGCGCUCACGCAGGUCGUGAAGGGUAUUGGCGGUUUUUCCCACAAAGAUUGGCGCACCUUCGAAAACCGACGAUCAGUGUCAGAAGCACGUAACUUCAUCGACGGAGAUUUAGUCGAAAGCUUUUUAGACUUGCCCAAGCCACAGAUGAUGAAGGUUGUGGAAAUACUGAACAACGACGGAAUGCUGGAUGACAUGGGCCAAUAUACUGUGGAGGAAUUGACGUUGCGGAUUGAAGAGCUCGCUCAGCUGCACUAG